AUGACGCCAUCGAUAAUAGAUAUUGCACCAGAUGCUUUGGAUAUUGGUAAUAAUAUCUACAGCAUUGCUGAGGUAGUCAGUGAAAUUCGAGAUAAGGCAACAAGACAGAAUCUUCAAGUGCUCUCAUAUGAACUCCAUUUUCGUCAGCCGUCACAGGAAGCCAUCAAAUUUGUGACUGAUUUCUCGAAAAAGACUGGAGAUUACCGAUCCCUCUCAGCGGUCGACAUCAAGGUUCUAGCGCUCACGUAUCAACUAGAGAAGGAGCAUGUUGGCACCAGUCACAUCCGCACUGAACCGAAAUCGACGAUCACUAUACAGACCACAAAGAAAACUGCCAUCAAUCCAACGACAGUUCCAGGAUUCUACUCUCCAGCUUCAGACAAGGGUAAAGUCGUAUCCGAUGAGAAGGUCGUACAGGAACCUCGCGAGGAAGAGGCUGAAUCGUCGCACGCCGACGAGGCAUCCCGCGACGACGCCGCCGUCGAUACAAAUGAACUCGUGUCGACGUUGACUGGCAUUCGUCUGCGACCGGCAGGCAGCUGCGGUGAUGCAGCAGACACGGCGGAGCAUCAGGGAAGGUUGGUCUGCACAGACGAUGCCCACGAAUCUCAGGAGGUGGCCGCAGUGGUGCCACCUGGAGGGGAACCUGUGCAGGAGUGUGAGCAGGUUGUCGGGGAUGACAGUCAGACGGAUCAGUUUGUGGAUGGUGCGGUAGAGCAGUCUUCACAGAGCGGGGAUGAGGAUGAGGAGGCUGACAAGGAGGAUGAAGAUGAAGGGGUGGACCUAAGUGGAGAAGAUGAAGAAGCAGACAAAGCGGACGAGGACGAUUCUGGGUGGAUCACGCCAGAUAACAUUAAGAAAGUAAAAAUGGAAGCAGAGGGAGAAGAAUUAAAAGCUAAUGUACAAGUUGGAUGCAUCACAACAGACUUUUCUAUGCAGAAUGUGCUCAUACAAAUGGGUCUGCAUGUUGUGUCCAUGAAUGGAAUGCUGAUAACGAACGUACGGACGUACGUUCUUCGGUGCUAUUCCUGCUUCAAAAUGCAGACAGCGCGAGUGAAAGUGGAGGAGGCCGAAGCAAACGCUAAACGGGCGAAGGAGGAUUCCGAAAGAGCGCGAGCUAACGCUAAGCAGUAUGCACCGGACUUCCAUCAACCAGGUCCUGACAUGAGAAGGCAGGCAGGCUCAACGCUAGGAAACCAGCCAACAGGUGUCGGCAGGGGUCUUGCCCCCGCUCACGAUCUCACGCACAACUCCUCGUUGCCUAGGCCGGCCGUCUCCAUCGCUGCACCAAUAGGGCUGGGCAGGGAGGGGGGCUUGCACUCCCACACACCAGACAUUGCAUUGUCAGUGCCAAAUCGUGAAGUAGCCAGUGAUCACAUAAGCAAUGCCUACGAACCGUCCCAGCUGCAUGUGCCAUCAGUAGAGAUCAGCAUCGAUGAGCCAAAGCUGCAAGGCAGGGACAAUAUAGGAAUGAGAAACGACAGCUCUCACGAACCUUACACUAGCCAACCAAUGCCUGACCACAGCAGAAUAGAGUACACGUCGUCUGACCCUUACAGCAGCAAACGAACGCCCGAUCAAAACAGGAUUGAUUACUCGCGGCCAGACUCCUACGGAGACAAGCGCGAUUCGGACAGACGAGAGUACGACGACAGAGGCAGCUACGAUCGCGACCGCUACGCCUUCAAGCGGCAGCCGCAGAACAAGGAGCGCAGCGGCUACGACAAGUAUUACGAUCGCGACUACGAUGACUACGAGCGUCCGUACGAACGCGGACGCUACUCGGACGAGAGGUACCCACGCGACGACAGACGCGACGACCGACGCGACGACCGACGCGAUGAGGGCUACGGCCGGCCCGACAGGCCCUACCUGAGCAACAGGGCGCACACGAUCGACUACGCCGACAAGCGCCAGCGCGAGCCCGAGCGCGCCUACCUGGCGCGGGCGUACAGCACCGAACAGCCGUACCCGAAGAGCGGCGGCGGAGGCGGCGGCGGCGGCAGGUACGACCGCUACAACGACGAUCGGCGCGAGCAGAGAGUGCCGCACGGUGACAACAUGGACACCGCGCCGCAGAUGCGCCCCAACCACAUCCACGCCGUCGCGCACGACCCGCGCUUCGCGACGCCCAACAAGUCGGACUGGACGCCGGACUCGGGCGUGUCGGGCGUCUCCGACGCCUCCGAGGACGCCUUCUCCAGCCGCCCGCUCAAAGACGUCAAGGAGGAACGCAGGAAAACGCUGCCGUCGAUCAUGAACCCGGACCUGAUCGGUCCGCCGAUGACUGCGACGCCGACGACGGCGGCUGCGGCGUCGUCGUCGUCGUCGCCGAAGACGAACCGUGGGUCGUCGCGGCUCCGCAGGACUGCGGACGACACGGUGCUGGCGACGCGCAAGCAGGCGUAUGUGAUAGACGAGGGCCAUCGCAAGCGCAUCAAGGCCGUCGUGCACACGCCGAGCGACGCCGACAAGCUUCCGACGCACAUCGUCAUCGAGCCGCAGCAGACGACCAGCAGGCGGCGCCGCAAGAGUCUUCCCGACGAGAACGACUUUGUUGUCGCGCGAAAGCCGGCCCUGACGCGGGAGGAGAUUUCCGUCUUAAGUGCCUUACGGAGGGAGGAGGUCAGGAUGGAGAGGGCCUUUGAGGAGAAAGACGCGCAAACUUUCUUCCUGUUUAGAUCCAGUGUGAGGAACUGGGUCUACCAUCGACGACUGGGUCUGCUGAUACUCUGCAUCAACGCCACCCUAGGCUAUCUAUUCUUCGAUUUGAUCACGAAAUAAUCGUCAACGGCAUCGCAGUUUCCUCCGCCAGAGUGCACUAGGUGACGGAUCGAGGACGGGCCACGCAGCGGUAACCGAUGGCCUCGUCGACGAGGCAAGCCGACAUCGCUACUGACCGCCGAUCACAGACGAGUGCUACCGAAGUCGUGUCGGCACCGACAGCUGGGCUUUGUGAGAUGGCGACUAGGAAGACGGACACCCACGAGGCUGAUCGUUACGGGCAGCUUUAGACUGUGAUCUUAUCCAAUUAGCCACGAUUUGCCACCUCCGGCAGGGCGCUAACGCGCGCGUGCACAGACAAAUUGCUGGUGCGCCCAGACACACGAAAUUCGAAAGUGGUAGUUGUGUAAUACACGUAGGUGAAAAUUUGUAUCCUACAUACCAAAUCUGAUUCGUAGCCUUCUUCUGUUGGACGUCGUCCCCUAAUGACCACUAUAAAGAGAAUGUAGGCCUACAAGCCUGAGUCUAGUUCGCGCUAGAUAUUAUCGUUCGGUUCUGCCAUGGGGUCAAAUGGCCAUUAGUGGACGUUGUUGAAUACAACAGGAUUAAAUGGUUUGCCAUAUUUUACAGAAACGCGUUACAGAAGUGGUGACGUAUCGCACUUUCUGUGUCAAGAGGAAAUCUACCACCCGCUUGAAAUCGAUUGCUUGGCUUUCUACUUCUUCAGUUUUACUGCCUGUGUUACAUGGUAGAAUAGAUGUCUGUGUUUUUGGUUAUUUCUUUCUACUUGUAGAACACCGUGCUGUGGUCACACAUGUAUAGGUUGAACACGUUGAUUUUAUUUUAUGAAUUGGUAGAAUAAAGUAUGAAUUGGGAGCAGAACAGAGAUAUUUACAUGUAGAACCUCAAUUACGCCAUUCUGCUGUAUUGUUUUUUUUAUUUCUUCAGGUGCAGACCCUAUUCUAUAAUCUUUUACCCCCACCAACGUAUAGGUACUUUAUCGUCCAUCUAUAGCUCCUGUCCUUAUUCCGUUUCGAUAUUUAUAUACGAUUCUUUCAUCUCUCUAGGUUUUAAUUGCAACUAGCUUCAGUUAUUCUCUGCACCUGAGAGGGCGGUGCUUUCUACUACGGGAUAGUAGCUCUAUCUUAAAAAGCACUGCCCUAAACUCGCUUCCAUGCUGUCUGAGGUUCCAGCAGGAAAGCUUUGUAGGGUCGUACUAACUAUAACCUAGCACUGUUAUCGGUUACGUAUUUAGACUUCUUAAUGUUGUAUUCACCUACUUUCUCUUCUUAUUGUAACACUUUUUACUAUUCACAAAACCUGCCUCAAUAGGACUUAUUUCUCAACUUAUUCCCCUUUUAUAAUCUUCAGGGAUUCUCACGCAGCCGUGUUUUUAUAGGCAAACUGAGAUGCAUUUCCAUGAGUUCGUUUUUUGGAAUUGUUACCCUGCAUGUAUCUGUUCUUUGGGUUUUCACGAAACUUAACGGGUAACGGCACGGUAUUCUAACGUUGCCAGCAACUCUUUUGUAAAAAAACCCGAUUGGUUUUCAUUGUCAUUGCUAAGACGGUUCAUGGUAGGUGUGUAUCGAGCGUGCGAUGUGCCGUGUACACGCGUGUGUGGCCACUUGUCUAUACGAUUCACUCUUUCAAAGUGGCCGGAUAGAUGUCACAGCCCUGUGAGAGGCAGUAAGGCAGUAAUGUGUUACGAGGCGACCCCCUGACGAUGCUUAUGUACACCCACCGAGCAUCGGCUGUCGCGUAGGAAGCCACGAACGAGACGCCAUCAACGCUCCCACAUAUGUAACUCAAAUGCUAACGAUCAAACAUAUCCUGUGUUUUAGUACACAGCGUAACAAAACGGGUGUGGGGGUACAGCGAGGGACUUAAGAGCAGCAGGGCGAAUGAAACGUCCCCGGAAGAGGUGGAGUGGCAUCAUUCUUGUCAACGCUAUGUGGUGCCAUGACGCCUAUCAGAUAACAGAUAGCACGAGAUGACAACAAUCUAUAGACAAGUCAUGUCUAGUUGCAUGGGAGCUAACCCUGCACACCGGGUCGACCUUAUACCUAAGGUGCUAGCCGGUCGCAAUUCCCGAGUUUGUACUACACCUGCAGCAAACAUGCAAGGUUUGCUAACGUUUGACUAUAAGAAACAUUCUCGGUGUCCUUCUUCGCUUUAUGAAGACGCACGCCAGUUGGUUGGAUUGUUGUUGCACCAAAUUGGCAACACCGUAAUGUUGUAACUGGCAUCUAGUUAUAAUACCCGGCUAUUCAGAGUUAAGGAAAAGCAUUCGUAUUUUAAUAAAAAUUGAAAAAAUGAAAAGGCAGCAUUUAGAUGAGGCGAUGUUUGUUUGUAUGGUCAGUAAGGUGAAGACGAUGAUCUAAAGAAGUCUCGCACACAAAGGUAUAAAACAAUGUCUUUUUGAUUAGUUUAGGUGAGCUACGGGAGGGAACUGAUGGCUCACCUAUGACCCCACAGCUCACACAGCACUGCAGAAUGAGGGCAGAGAAUGAGAGAGGACACUCAUAUUGACGUGUACAAUGCAGGAGUGGAACAGAAGCCAAUGCGUGCCAAUGUAUAUUAAUUAUAUUUGAAUUUUCAGAGUUUAUUAACAAUCACAAUCGACUGUUUGUGCGUGCACAACUGUGCUCUUUUUCUGUAUUGACUUUUUGAUAACCUGCUUUUCUUAAUAACAACUUGCUCAUGUUAGCCAUUAGCUGCGUGUAUAACAUAAUGGGACGAUACUGGAGCCACUAGAGGGCGGUGCAAAGGCGCAUGCGUACUGUACGGUCGGUAUCGAUCACGCGGUAGCUUCAUUCGGUCGCGUAGCGGAGUGCAUCGCACGAAGCAAACAACGAUAAGCUUUAUGCAAUCCCCGAUCGAAGAGCUGCAGGCGGCGGGGGUCGAAUCACCCUAGCACGCGGUAGCUACAUCACCUGAAGUCCUCAUGCAAAUUAACGGCGCAGGUAUUCCGCGUUUGAUCCCAUAUUCCCUCAGCAAUCUUGCGAGGGGUUUGCCUCCGAGAGUGCACUGGUCGCUCGUCGCGUGCGGGAAACGGCGGUGGCACUUUUGAUUUGGCGAUUAGUGAUUUGCGGGGGUUGGCCGGUACUGUGCUAGCCUCAGCGAAAGAUAUCCGAGACCUGCUCAGUCGAGGGCGACGCAGGAGGCAAGAGGCUAACACGCAGUGACUCCUAUAGAGUUUGCAUGAGGCGAUUACUACGUUUUAACAAGGCCCGAUUAUUGCCUAUUAUUAAUACAACGGAAGAGUGAUUAAUAAUAAUCGGCUUUAUUAAUCAUUCUUAACUUGUCAUUUUGUACUGGUUUUGUACGCAACUAUUUCUUUAUUGAUUGCAAGCGGGUGUCACAUCUGUAGGCAAUCAUUUAGAAGACUAGUUAGGACAAGAAGCCACUCAUACAGACUGUGUGAAUGCUUAUAUAACCUUGAAAUUCCACGAUGGAUUUUUUUUCGUCUGCAAUCUAAAAUUUUCAACACGGUUUUAAGGCCUGACUUGGCCUUUAUUCUAUCAUGAGCGCCAUGAGUGUUUAUCUAGUCAUGUUAGGAGCAGCAGAUAUUAAUUUAAAUCAUAUUUUUAUUUUACAGUGGCGCAUUGAUACACAUUUGCCUACAGAUGUGACGUACGCAGUCGCUCUCACCCUCAACUAGUGUAUAACUAUUUACGAUAAGAUCAUAUCUGUCUUCAUAUUUAUAAUAAAGGGAACUUGUUAUUUAUUCAAAUAAAGAAUGAACGUUAAUUAUGAUUAAUAAAUUACUUGCAUAUUUUCACCCUCACAAA